ACGACGACGCCCAUCACACUCGUCUUACGUCCACCAGUCUCCACCACGGUAGAUAAAUCGGCCAACAGCCCACACCGCCGGCCCCCCCAAUCUCGACCAUGGCUUCGAAAAAAGAUAUGCGCCGCGCCGACCUCAUCGUGCCCUAUGCCGAGCCUGAGAAGAGCAAAGAUGAAGGCGACAUGUCGAGCACGCUGUCGAGCACGCUGCCCAUGGCUGCUAUCUUCACGCGCAACAAGAUGAUCGGCUGGGUUGCCGUAGUCUUUGCUAUCCAGGCUUGGCUGGCUGAGACGGCCGAGCAGAGGAAGACGUCGACUACGCCUGCUUACUUCCAGGUCGGCAUGUCUAUCAUGUCACUCCUCGUCCCCCCCACCUACACACGCGCGCCCACCGACAGUCGUAUGUCCAUCGAGAACCUUAAGACCUUCGACCCGUUCGCGGAAGCGGAUGAAGAUACCGGCCAGGUCAAACAGACUCAGCAGGACUAUAUUCAUAUUCGUAUCCAACAGCGCAAUGGCCGCAAAACCCUGACGACCGUGCAAGGUCUCCCCAAGAAAUUCGACCAAAAGAAGAUCCUCAAAGUGAUCAAGAAGAAGUUUGCCUGCAAUGGCACCAUUGUGAGCGACGCCGAAAUGGGCGAGGUUGUCCAGCUCCAAGGCGACCAGCGAAAGGACGUCCAAGACUUCUUGACCGACAAGAAGGAAGGCCUCGGGCUCGACGCAAAAACAAUCAAGGUCCACGGUUUCUAGUCCCGAGUCACUGUUCACCUUUUUUUGUUGCGCGCUCCCCACCCCUCGAGAACACUCCGACCUUUUCUUUUGCUGCAGCACACGGCUAAAGCGGCACUGCUUUUCUCUCUCGGAAAGCUUUGUCUGUAUGGUCUUCUCACUGUGAGUAGGAAAAGUGGAGGGCGCGACUCGAGGUGCGAUAGUGAGAGGCGUUUUCGCGCGGCGGUGUACAUAAAUGCUUAUGCGCUGAAUGCUUGCGUUGGACGAUGGACUCUUCUUGUUUUUAACGUGAUUACUACCAGGUGAGUAGCGCUCAAAUUAAGAAGUAUUGUCUCCACUCGCAUCGUGACGUUGCUCGCGUGACUGGAGUUGAAAAAAAAUACGUAAAUGCAGACUUUUUUUG